UACACGUCUCAGUGAGGUAUUUUCUGUGGUGACUCGCUUACAUCAGUAGGUCUUAUAGUGUACUCUCAAUAAGCAAGAAGUGGAUCAUUAAUGGGAUAUAUAUUUGGCUUUUUUGGCUUUAUAAAGGCUGGUCUUGUGGGUCAUAUACUGGAAUAUGACAGACAGGAAUUAUGAGGGGAGUUGGAUAUGACUGGAGAUAUUGGACAAGGCUGUUUUUGAGCACCAGUUCAGAUAGAAUAUCUCAUGAUAUUCUCAAGCCUGAAAAAAUGACAAAGAUGAUUCCUGCAGAUAAUCCAUAGCAACUCUCUGAUCUGGCAAUGAUAACUCGGAGCUGGUAUGCACGUCUAAUUGCUCAGUGCUUUGAAGACACUUUCUGAAAAAGAAAAGCAGAGCUGAAUAUGGAAAGAAAUUAAUCCACAUUUUUUUCUGAAAAUUAUGCUAUCUGCCCUAAGACUGCGUCUAUCCAAAGGAACCUUAGGCAUUAAUGGCACAUAAAAGAUACAUUUGUUAAACCAAAUUAAGUAGGACAUUUGAUUCUAUCAGACAUGAUGCUUAACAUGAUAAAGUGAAGUAGCAAAAAUGUAGCAAGCAUAAUUACUGAUGAUAAAAAAGUAACAUUUGCAUCAUGGAGACUUCGGAAUCCUCUACUGGAGGAUGUUCUCAACAAGGAGACAGUUUGAGAGAACAAAAACAUUCGGAUGCUAACAUGACUCAAAGAGGCCAUAUUCCGUGUUCUGAGGAUGAAAUACAACUGACAGAGAGAGCCCAGACAGGAGAUAUAAGGUCAGGUUCUAGUAUGGAGAUAAUGACAGUGGGGUCAGAGGCUAGUCCCAUCCUACAACCCAGUGAGCAGUAUCCAAUCCAAACCUGGAGGAAGACACCGAGUAUCCCUCCUCCUGGCAAACGAGGGCUUCAGUCAGGGGUUGACUUGUUGUCAGAGUGUAUGCACAAAAAAGAGCAGAAACCAAAGAAGACAGGAAAAUAUGUUUGCCACUACUGUGGGAGAGCUUGUGCCAAGCCCAGUGUGCUGAAGAAGCAUAUACGUUCUCACACGGGUGAGCGACCCUAUCCUUGUAUUCCUUGUGGUUUCUCCUUUAAAACUAAAAGCAAUUUGUACAAACAUAGAAAGUCUCAUACGCAUGCUGUCAAAGCAGGAUUGGUUCCAUUUUCAGAACAAGACAGUAAACAUAUUGGCAUGGAUGAAGAAUUGGGAGUUGGAGAAGGGGAGAUGCACUCUGAUGCUGAGCAGAGCACUGACACAGACGAAGAGGGGACUGAAGACUUAGACAGAGAGAGUUCUAUCCUGAUGAAAGACAGAGAGGAUGCUACACAAGAAGAGUCUGGUAAACCCAUACAAAAUGAAAAUGUGAUGACCUCUCAGAGUUCCUCAAAAAAGGAGGCUGUGUCACCAUCUGGAAAAAUAUCUUUAUGGCAGUUCAGAGAAAUGAUGCCACCUGCAAUUGUCACUCAGGUGGACCAAGAAGCUGAGUCUUCCACCAUCAAACAAAGACUUGCCCUUAGGCUCUCAGAGAAAAGAAGUCAGGAAUCAGACCAGUCUCUCUCCCUCCCCAGUUCAUACAGCAAAGGAAGCACUGACUCUGGUUACUUUUCGCGCUCAGAGAGUGCAGAACAGCAGUUUAAUCAAGCAAGUGCAAGUGCCAAGUCAUACCAAGAAAUAAUGUUUGGAAAGUGUUAUAGACCAAGCUCCAAGCCAAGGCAAUCAAUCACUGUACAGACUUGCAUGACAGACAUAAAUGAUACUUCAUCGAGUUUUAUGAUUAAAUUGACCAAAGGCAUGGUGCCUGGGGAAACUGCAUCCCAUUUGCACAGACGCAAAAAAGACCUAGUCAGAUCAAUCAAAAUUGAAUCAGACUCUUUUCAAGAAGAUAACUAUCAGGAAAUCCCUGAAAUGUUUCAAGGUAAUGCAGAACUUUUGGAAAACCCACCAGAAAGUGGUUUACUUUUACGAAGCCACUCUCUUCCAGCCCCAUCAGAUUCCAACUUGAAUGCGCCACAAGGACUAAGAAGUAGUAAUUCUUUUGAUGAGAGGAUGACAAAUGAUGAAGUCUCCUAUCGUGGGUCAGUAGGCAUGAGAAAACUUAUGAGACAGGCUGCUUUUGAGCACUCUGCUCAUGAAGGGCACACAGAAUCAGAUAACCACACUUCUCUGGUUUGUGGGCUGAACAUUCACAAAGUAGAUGACCAAAAUUGUCCAGAAUUUGAGAGAUCCCUCAUAUUUCAAAGCCACCUGAUUGAAAAUGCCACAAGGAAACGUAGAAAGGGUAAGAAUACCAUGGAAGAGGAAGACUUUCUGACACAAAAUAAGCCAUCAGGCCUGCCUGAACUCUCAGGGGACCUUGAUACAAAGCAAGAUAUUCAUGAUGCUACAUAUACUGACACAGAGAGAAGGGCUGGCAGCAAUGUUAUCUCUGUAAUUCAACACACAAACUCAUUAAGCAAGCUAAGCUCUGCAGAAAAAUCCACUGACUUUCAUCAAUUUGAUAAAAGUAACUUUUACCAAUUAUCAGAAAAGGAGCAAAUUAAAGAAAGACACAAAACUGAUCUUCUCAUUAAAUCUGGAAAAACAGAGAAGCAAUGGGGUGGCAGUAAUUUGCUAUACCAAAGGUCUUACCUAUCUAAACAACUUGCAUCUCAGUCUGGUAUACAAGUUCCUGAGAUAAGAGUUACUGAGGAGCCUGACAGACCAGAAAAGCUACUAGAUGUGCAGGUGAAACCAAAGGAAAAACAUGGAGAGGAAUUCCAGUGGCCUCAGAGGAGUGAAACCUUAUCAAAAUUCCCAGUUGAAAAGCUACCUCCGAAAAAGAAACGUUUGCGAUUAGCUGAGAUGGAAUGUUCCUCUGGUGAAUCUAGCUUUGAAUCUGCUUGUACUGGUCUUUCCAGAAGCCCAAGUCAAGAUAGUAAUUUGUCUCACAGCUCAAGUUUCUCUCAAUCACUCGACAGAGAGGAGAAUAUUAACAUUGCAUCUCCAGCUAAAUCAGAUGAAUUUAGUAGGCCUUUGGAGUUCUUAGCAGUGCCAGGGGGCUCACUAAGUCAUCACAGAGAGAUGAGACGCUCUGCAUCAGAACAGGCACCCUGCAAUUUACCCUUGGAGUUACCAGAAAUUAGAAGCCAGUCCUUUGACUAUGGCAACCUUUCUUCUUCAUCCAGUUCUAUGCAAAGUGACAUCUAUGCCAGUGCAUACAGAUAUCAGGAGAGAAGAAGAGGCUACUUGGUUAGACAGGCGUCUUUGAGUGGCGAUCCAGAGAUUAUAACACGUGAUAAAUCUUUUGAUAUUAAUAUUAUUCAAGGCAGCUCAGAUCCAGUUGAGAUAGGAAGGAGAGCGUCUUCACCAGACAAACCUUUUUUCAUGGAAGGGGGCUCUGUUGGCAUUGAGAAAGGCAUGAGGCAUUCCUUGAUGCAUGGAAGUUUCUCUCCACAGUUAAUUUCAACAGAUUUGUCUUGCAAGCCAGUGCAAAUCCCAUGUCAUAAACCGAUUCAUCUUUCCCAGACUGUACAAAAACAUGAACUUCAUGGUCUAAAGCAGAAAAUAAAGAAAGAUCCUGAAGAUCCAAAACCAUCUGAGGAUCCCAGAAUUGCCCUGACUGAUAUACCAAAAGAUCAUCCACAGAGCAUCACCAAUGUCUUGUCAACAAUAGCAGUUCUUUCACAAGCUCAGCCUGCUUUAACCAGUCAGAGAUCAUGUGGUUUGCUGGUUCCUGUCAGAAUUCAGAUGCAAGUGCCAUGCUACGGAAAUAUCACAUACACAAACAUAUCUCAUAUUCUGGAUUCUCAGAAUUCCAUUAACUUAGGAAACAGUAAUGUCACAUCCCAAAAUCAACUUGCAAACAUCACAGCACAGCAUAGGAUAGAUUUUGAUCUAUCUCAAAUAUCAGGACACUCCAGAGGACUGCUGCACAACCCACAAUUAUCACCUGCAAAGCUUAAUACAGGCAUACCACUGUCUUUGACCUCUAGAACCAUCUCAACCACAGAGGCCCCAAGUGGUGGAGCAAACAAGCGAAUGCUUUCUCCUGCAAGUAGCACUGAGCUCUUCAUUGAAGCAAAGCAGCAAAAACGAGUCAAAGAAGAGAAAAUGUAUGGCCAGAUUGUGGAAGAACUGAGUGCUGUAGAGUUAGGACAUCCUACAGGGGGACAGGAGAAAUUCAAAAAGGAGAGCCAGUCAACAAACAUUCAGGACCCAUCAGUAUCUGUCGAAGAGAUGGAUACGGAAGACCCCAAUAUUGAUCUUCACCGAAAGGCAGGGUUACCGUUGUCCAGCAGUUUUUCUCAAGAAUCAAUCAAUAAUUUGCCAAUGCCAGUGCAAACUGCCACUACUCAAGGUUAUGUGGUCCCUGCAUUGCCCAGAGAUAUUGCCAGUGCUUGGAUACUUUCGCAAUUUCCAAGUCUUCACACAACAACCUGUAUGAGCUGGUGUUAUCUCAAUUCUCCUAAGCCAAACAGCACUCAGACAUCUCCUCAUUUCUCAGUGUAUGCCUCUUGGUUUGUGAGAUGCCAUAAUCCAAAUCCACCCAAUCUAAGCACUGGAAUGGUUCUUGCUCUUCUCCGAUCCAAACAGAAGGGCCAAAAUACUACAUAUACAAUUGCAGCUAUGUAUCAGCCGGGGGUACUUGUCACCUCCAACUUGUGGAAUCAAAACCUGGAACAGGGAACUGUGGAGAAUAGAAGAGAUGACAUACAUUAUGACAUCAGAAAGAAAGAUGUCAGACAAAAAAGCAAAGACAAAGAUGCUUCUGGAAAGCAAACAGAGCCUGUUCGAGUAAAGAUUUUUGAAGGGGGGUCUUCUCUGUAUGUGGCUUCAUCACUCAGGUACAAGUCAAAUGAGGACUACGUGUAUGUUAGGGGCCGUGGGCGAGGGAAGUACAUUUGCGAAGAGUGUGGUAUUCGUUGUAAGAAGCCUAGCAUGCUGAAGAAACAUAUACGCACUCACACAGAUGUGAGGCCUUAUGUUUGCAAGUGCUGCAACUUUGCCUUCAAAACUAAAGGGAAUCUCACCAAGCAUAUGAAGUCAAAAGCUCACAUGAAAAAAUGCCUUGAGCUUGGGCUUUCACCCAUUGCCAUGGACAAUACAGAUGAUGCAGAUCACGAAGAUGACAUACAGAAAACCUCAGACAUCAGACUGGAAGUAGAGACAACCAUUAAACAUCAAUUCUCGGAUGCAGAUGACUCUGAUGGUGGUGAUGAAGAUGGAGACGAACCAGAUGAUGAGGAGGAUGAUGAAUAUGAUGGUGACUCCACACCCAGAACCAUCUCCCGGAGCACAAGUCCUCAGCCUUUCACAGUCAACAAGCCAUCUCCCUCCAGCUGUUCCACCAAAAGCUUGGACACAGGAAACAAUCCUAAGGAAAGAUAUGAGGCCUGUUCUCUUGGUAGUGAGGAUGAUCUACCUCUAGAACAAGCAAGUAGCUCUUUUGAUCCCUGCCCACCUCAUUUGCUUUCACCUUGUUGGGAUUCACCUCAUCAAAGGUAUAUAUGUCCAAGGGGGGAUCUGUCACCACAAGGUCAUUUGUCUCCAGGGAAAGAUCCUCCUUUGAGGGCCAUCUCACCAAGGAGGGACCUAAACAUUAGAGGAGAUCUCUCACCCAUUCGCCAGCUCUCACCUGUAAGACCCAUGUCACCAGGGACAGACGUAUCUAGGCAUCGAGCAACCUCCCCGCGUGGUCGGCACAGAGGCAUGCUCAAGGCUACAUCCCCACGCAGAGGGUCCUACCAGCACAGAGCCUACUUAGAUCAAGGCAGGGGAAUGAGAUUAGAAGCUUCUCCUCUAAGACAACCCAUUGGAAUGCACCCAGAAAUGGACCAGCAUGAAGGCAUUCUUCAAAAUCUUUAUGUCAGCGACUGCCUUUGCAGUAAUAAUGAUGCAUCCACUUUGUCCCGCCAAGACAUCUUCAGCCAUUUGCCUUUACACUCUCAACGGCAGGUACCAACUCCCAUCUCAAUGGUUCCUAUUGGAGGGUUAAGAAUGCCCUCUGUAUCACCAUCUGGUGCUGCUAUAGACAGACACUCUCAGUCACUACCACAGGCAGGCAUAUCAGAGAGGGCUAAUUCCAGCCAAACGUCAGUUCCUGUUCCUGGACCUGGAAUAAGCAACCCAUCUUCUCAGAAGAAAGAGAAACCACCCUCCUGCAUUGGUCUUGCCAGCAAAGACAUGAAGCAAGAGCAGAGUGUUCAUAUCUGUGCAGAGGCUAUUGCCUCCCUCAGGAUCACUUCAGAGGAUAUAAUUGAAAAUCCUCUAAAAAGCUGAUUCACACAGCUUUGUACAAAACAUUUGGUUAUGUCAAGCUAACAUAAAGCUCAGAGGAUGACUGAGAAGCUAUGGUUUUGGUAAGGUGCAAUAUAUGGCAUAAACAAAUUAUGAGUAUAUGCAUACACUUUUGCAUACACAUGCACAACACCACAUUUAGGUCAGACUGCCAUAUUGGUCUCAAAUUUCUGUAAACCUCAUGUUGUUCACUAAUGCAUAUAAGGCCAUAUGAAACAUACAUAUGCAGUUCACAAACACAGAACAUGAGGUCAAUAUUUAAUAUUUGAAUAGCAGAAGCUGCAUUUUGUAAACUGUUUCUAUUUUUUCAGCAACUUAAAAGUACCUUUACUUUACAAAUCAGCUGCAUCAUUGAAGUCACCCCAUCUGAUCGGCUUGUGCCUUUUUAGAAUUUUUUGCCUAUGCCUCAGUGAGACAGAAUUGUUGGAUGUAUUGUUAAUGCAGUGAAUACAGUGUUAAGUCAACCUGAUCAGAGGUACUGUUGAUGCUUUUGAAAUUGCACUUAAUUAACAUUUUACAGUUUGAAUAUUGCAUUCAACAGUGCUACGAUAUUGCUUGGUAUAUAGCUGUACAUGUUAUGUUUGCUAGUGCAACUUUAAAAUGUAGUUACAUUUUGUGCAAUUGAAAUUUUUAAUUGGAAUGUGAAUUUCUUUUUAUUUAAAGCUUUAGCUUUUCUGAAAGUUGUACACCUUUCCCCCUUGUUUAAUCUUUAUACUUUCAGCACUUAUGCAACAAAGUGACAUCUCUAGAUGUUGUUCAUGUAGUUUAUCUUAUGACAGCAUAUUAUUGCUAUGAUAACCUAAAGUAAUUAGUAAAUGUUAUGCAUUUAGAUGACUAUUUAAAGCACUUUCUUAUGAACUAAUUGACUGAUGCUGUGCAGUUGAUAUUUGGGCUAUUUGGAGUCAAUGUAUGAUUGAUUUAAUCAAAUGGCACAACAUUCCAGCCACUGUUAAGUCAAUUAUAUGCACAUAAAUACAUUAAUAUACAUACAGUGUUGGAUAGUAAUGGAUUGCAUAUGAAUUAGAUUAUGUAUUCAGGUUAUGAAAAAUGAUGGCUUAAUAUUACUACAUAUGAACUAGAUUAUGCAUUUGGGUAAUUAGAAAAGUACAUUACUUGAAAUCAGCCCAGAAUGCAGUUGACAUUUUUUCUAAUCAUUACGUGAUUACAUUUUGAAUUAUGUUGACAUAAAUGAGAUAAUAAUCAGGCAUUAUUCAAAAAUAUAUAUAAAAAUGUUUAUAUUAAAUAUGAAUACAAUCACAUUUUUGCACUGAAAUUAUAAAUACUAAUAAUGUAGCUGACUAAAACAUCUUUUUGUAUUUGCAUUGCCAUUAUACAAUUAAGAUAAAUAAGCAAACUAAACCCCAAAUCCAAAAACGUUGGGACAGUAUGUGAAAUGCUAAUAAAAACAGAAAACAGUGAUUAGUAAAUUGCUGUAUUAAGUUGUACUAAAUUGAAAACCAUACAAAACCACAACACUUUGUUUUAACUUAUGAACUUCAUUGUUCAUUGCAUGUUUAUCACAGUGUUACAUCAUCUUUCCUUUUAGCAGCACCUAACAUUUAGGGACUGAAGACAAACUAAUCCACAAACUAAGCAGAUUUUCUUUUGCCAUUUCUUUGUUAUAUGUGCCAUCAGCUGUGCAACCACACAGGACCUUUUUUGUUGUAUUUUGAGCUUAAGAAGACACACAUUUUCAAAGGGAGACAAUUCUGGACUGCAGGCAGGCCAGAAUACUACCCACAGUCCCUGCUUAUGAAGCCAAGCAGUGAUGUGACUUGGUGUUGUCAUGUUGAAAUAAUGCUGUCAUGUUUACAUAUAUAAUUGAGAGAUUAUCUCUAAUAUGAACGUUCCUGAAAAGGUGUCUAAAGGGGCAGCAUAUGUUGCCCAAAAUAUGUUCAGUGUUAAUGGCGCCUUUUCUGGUAACAAUCUGGAUGGUCCUUUUCCUUUGGCCCAGAAAACACAACGUCCAUUAUUUAUAGAAUUAUACAGAAAGGUUGACGUGUCAGACCAAAGUACAGAUUUCCACUGUGCACCAGUCCAUUUCAGAUGAGAAAGCGCCCAGAAAGGUUAGCAGCUUAUCUGCAUAUUGUUGACCUAUGUCCUCCACAGUGCACAACAAAUUACAGUCUUAACCUACAUUUGUGCAUGCAGUGAUAAAUAUUGUUUAUUUUAGUGCUUAUUCACAAAAUCUUUUUCAAAGUAUUCUCGAGCCCAUGUGAUGCACAGCUAUCUGUGGGGGCUGUUGAGAUGAAAUCACGAGCAUUCAUCUGUGGUUUUCGGGCUUGUCUUUUACGCAGAGUUCUUUUGAAAUCUUUUCAAGAAAUUAUGCACAUAGAGGGUGAAAGACCUAAUAUCCUUGCAAUCUCUAGAUGAAGAAUGUUAUUCAUGAUGUUUUUUUUUUCAUUAUCUUUGCACUUUUGGUGAGCUACAACUCAUCCUUGCCCAUAAAGACCUUCCCUGGAUGCUCCUUUUAAAUUUAAGCAUGAUUGCAUCAGUGGUUUAUGAUGUGAACAUUUGAAAACCUUGCAAGUCUUUAACUGAUUUUGUGCCAACUUUUUUGGAACAUUUUGCAAGAAUCAACUUCAAUUUCAAUGUAUAUUCACAAAAAUAUAAGGUAAAACAGUAAAUAUCUUUGUACUGUUUUAAGUUGAAGUACAUUUAUAAAUCACAUCUUUCUUUGCUUAUUUUAUAUAUUUUACCUACAGUCCAAACUUUUUUGGAAUUGGGUUUGUAAAAGUAAUUAAAAUUUCAUUGAUUAGAAUCGACUUUCUAGUAAUCAACAAGAUUUUCAUUAAUUUUCAGUGCCUGAUUGUUUUCUAAGUAAUCUAUCCAACACCACACACACACACACACACACACACACACACACACACACACACACACACACACCAUCAUGUACUGUAAUUACUUUUUUCUAGUGUGUCCAGUGUGAAAACAGAUGGACAAGAGGUUUGAUGUCCUUAUAGGUUUCUCUUGCCAUCAAAUGAGUUGAACCGUGUGUCUGUUUGAUUGUAUACAGUUUUAAAGUGGAAUUUUUAUUAAAUGUCUCAAAAGGGAAGUAUUAUCAGUAUCUUGCAUUAGAUCUACAGAGGAAAUCUAGUAGCAUGAUAAAAUUUUUUGGGACAAGAACAAAGUAAUGUUUCUUUUCAGUGUUCACUUACAAUAUGCUAUAGAUGGAAUUUAUAUUUGUUGUCGGGUAUUAAAAACACUGAGAUCAUGAUAAAGUUAGUUACGAGAAGGAUGUUUCAUGUCAUGUUUACAUAAUAACUGAUAGAUAAUUUUAUUUCAACUAGUUUGAAUGUAUUUAUGGCAUUUGAUAUAUCACAAAAGUCUGAUAUAUAUCUUACAUGAACAUCAUUCACAAAUACUCAGAAAUGUUUAUUUAUUGCCCAUAAAGGCAGCUGAUCUCUCUGUGAUAUUGAGUUUUUUGUUGUCCUUCUUCUGAAUACAAGAUGUCCAUUAGGAAUGGAAAAAAGGUAUAUUAAAGUUCUAUGAUCAGCA